AUGAUCGCCCAUCUCAUUGUAGCUCUUUCACUUGUCUCUCUUACCUCUGCCACAGCAUUGGCUGAUGAUUUCAACUGUACUGAUGCUGAUGGAAAUUGGGCUGCUUCAGCUGUUUCCUGCGAUAAUGUAUUGAGUGAUGCAGUCUGCGAUACAUUGGUCAUCAACCCACCUGCUAUUCAAGUUGGAACCAAGAAUGAUGACAGAGCUCCUCUAUGCAAAGUAGUGAGCAACAAUCCCAAUGAAGAGCAAAAGCAAGCUAUGAUCUCCAUCUGUCCUAAAACUUGUGGAUAUUGCUGCCUCACACCCCAGUACUCCUGCAGAAACAAAGACUUACCAGCUAUGAACUGUGCCACCAUCAAGCCAGCUCAAUGUAAAGAUCCCAAAUGGCGUGAGGUUAUUGCUUCUGAAUGUCCCAACGCUUGCGGUUUCUGUCUUGAAGGUGGAUGUGUUGAUGCUAUUGUUCAAUGCGCUAAUGACAUCACUAUCUGCCGUAACAUUGAUCUCCAAGACUUCGUUAGGGACAACUGCAAGAAAACUUGUGGAUUCUGUACAAACAGCGGUAUUUCGACAACAAGAGCUGGCUGUAUGGAUAACGGAAACAACUGUGUCAGCUGGAAGAACAAUGGCUUCUGUAACAGCACCUUCUACUCGGAUAUCCAAAAGCGUCAGUACUGUGCCAGAUCUUGUAACCUGUGCUAA